GCCCGCCUGUCGUCCCCCGGGGCCGGCCGCUCGUCCGCCGAGGCCCGCGAGGAGCUGCGGCGCCGCCUCCUGGGCCUGAUCGAGGGCAGCCGAGUGAUGAUCUUCAGCAAGAGCUACUGUCCGCACAGCGCGCGGGUUAAAGAACUCUUUUCUUCCUUGGGAGUUGAAUGCAAUAUCUUGGAACUUGAUCAAAUUGAUGAUGGGGCCAGUGUUCAAGAAGUGCUGUCAGAGAUCACCAGUCAGAGAACUGUGCCCAAUAUUUUCGUGAAUAAAGUGCAUAUGGGUGGAUGUGACCGAACUUUCCAGGCAUAUCAGAGUGGUUUAUUACAGAAGCUCCUUCAGGGAGAUUCAGCAUAUGACUAUGACCUCAUUGUCAUUGGUGGCGGUUCUGGUGGCCUUGCGUGUGCUCAGGAAGCUGCCAUUUUGGGAAAGAAAGUUAUGGUGCUAGACUUUGUGGUCCCGUCCCCUCAGGGCACGUCCUGGGGUCUUGGUGGUACUUGUGUAAAUGUAGGCUGUAUUCCUAAGAAAUUGAUGCAUCAGGCUGCCCUUUUGGGGCAGGCAUUAGUUGACUCAAGGAAAUUUGGCUGGGAGUAUAAUCAACAAGUCAAGCACAACUGGGAGACCAUGACAGAAGCGAUUCAAAACCACAUUGGAUCUCUAAAUUGGGGCUACAGGUUGUCUUUGAGGGAGAAGGCCGUGGCCUAUGUCAAUUCCUAUGGAGAAUUUGUCGAACAUCAUAAAAUAAAGGCAACCAAUAGAAAAGGACAGGAAACCUGUUAUACUGCUGCAAAAUUUGUCAUAGCAACAGGUGAGAGGCCACGGUAUUUAGGAAUCCAAGGAGAUAAAGAAUACUGCAUUACUAGUGAUGACCUUUUUUCUCUGCCUUAUUGCCCUGGCAAAACCUUAGUAGUGGGUGCAUCUUACGUUGCUCUGGAAUGUGCAGGAUUUCUUGCUGGCGUUGGCUUAGAUGUCACAGUUAUGGUGCGCUCAAUCCUUCUUCGUGGCUUUGAUCAAGAAAUGGCAGAGAAAGUGGGUUCCUACAUGGAACAACAUGGUGUUAAGUUCUUAAGAAAAUUUGUGCCUGUGAUGGUUCAACAGUUGGAGAAAGGUUCGCCUGGAAAGCUGAAAGUAGUGGCUAAAUCCACUGAAGGACCAGAAACUAUUGAAGGAGUAUAUAACACAGUUUUGUUAGCAAUUGGUCGUGACUCCUGUACAAAGAAAAUAGGCUUGGAGAAGAUCGGUGUCAAAAUCAAUGAGAAGAGUGGCAAAGUACCAGUAAAUGAUGUGGAGCAGACCAAUGUGCCCUAUGUUUACGCGAUUGGGGACGUUCUGGAGGGGAAACUUGAGCUCACUCCUGUCGCCAUACAGGCGGGCAAGCUGCUGGCUCGAAGACUUUUUGGGGGCCGUUUAGAAAAGUGUGAUUAUAUUAAUGUUCCAACUACAGUGUUUACUCCUUUGGAAUAUGGCUGCUGUGGAUUAUCUGAAGAGAAAGCUAUUGAAGUGUAUAAAAAGGAGAAUCUAGAAGUGUAUCAUACUUUGUUCUGGCCUCUUGAAUGGACAGUCGCCGGCAGAGACAACAAUACUUGUUACGCAAAGAUAAUUUGCAAUAAAUUCGACAAUGAUCGGGUGAUAGGAUUUCAUAUUCUUGGACCGAAUGCCGGUGAGGUUACCCAAGGAUUUGCAGCUGCAAUGAAAUGUGGGCUCACAAAGCAGCUGCUCGAUGACACCAUUGGAAUUCACCCCACAUGUGGUGAGGUGUUCACAACGUUGGAAAUCACAAAGUCCUCGGGACUGGACAUCACGCAGGAAGGCUGCUGAGGCUAGUCCCGCUGCUGCUUGCUUUCCUUGUCCUGUUCCCGU